AUGUCCGAGCUGGGUGAAGCUGCUUCUGUACUAAGUGCUGUGGCAGAAGUUGUACUGCAAACAAACGUUCUCAUCAAAAUUAACACAUUGGCAUUAAGCGAUGGACAAAAACCUCUCUUCUGGUCAGGUGAAUUCUUGAAAAGUAUAGCGGAAAUGAAUAUCACCAAAUAUCAGCAGUCGUUCAACGAUCAACUAAAGCAGGCAUUGAGCAAAACGAUUUUGCCAGUGUUACCUGGAAAGGUGGGUUUUUGUUCAAUUUAUCCACUUUCUUUCUUUUAA